AUGCCCGUUGACGACGACGCAGGCAGCCCGGCAGUCAGCGGUGCGAGCUUAGCCCCCGAUCAACCUACCACCUCCGCCCCUCCGUCGCAGCCCGAGUCUCGCAAGGCUCCGCCCCCCGAGAAGCCUUCCGAUGCCCGCCGUCGGUCCUUUGUCAUAUCUGCCUUCUGGGCCAUUGUUCUUCUCCUUGGCUUGCCAAUAUGGUGGAUGACAACGAGCAUCUACCGUGCCAACCUACCCCUGAGCGGGAUGGUUCAAUGGGCUGAUGGAAAGGCUUGCCGUCCCGUUUUCCCUCUCCGCAUAUCGGUGCAGGCGAACAAGCUGCAGGAGCAGGAGGCGCAGAAUCUCCUUCGUCUUACUCAACAUGCGCUCGACGAUCUCAACGACUUCUCGGGUCAUCAUCUCCGUCUGCAGCUUGCGCCUCGAGACAGCGACGCCGUCAUUCACGAGGAUGACUCCCAGGUCGCCCUCACGAUCCGCCUCAGCCCUGGAGACUCUACGACGGUUUCACUCAACCCUCACUCUCCUAUCCUCGACAUCACCUACCCUCCGAAUUCGAUUCCGUCAGCGACGUCGUCCUCUUCUGCGCUAGCUUCGUACAUUGCGAACGAAUUGCGCUCUACCUAUGCCGAAGAACAAGCCAUUAUAUCAUACCUUCUCUCGGCGGCCUCAGGAGCUUCGGAUGCGAGACCUCAAGGAAUGUCGCCAGAGGCAGCAGAAUCACUAGCGAAGAGGACCACCCGUUCUUUGCGAUAUUCACCGACGUACCACUUGAGUUUCUCGCUCUUCACCAGCGGCUCUGCCCCCAAUACCUGGGAUAUCGAAACAGCGAUUCAAACAUACAUGAAGCCCAUGCUUGAUGUGCUGAGCCCCAUUCACAACUUCACGAUAGAUACCCAGGUGCAGCUGUACGCAACACCAGGCGCGCAGUCCCAGGUUUUGAACAAGGACGACCUUGCCUCCUUCAUCAACGCGGCCGAAUGGCCACUUUCGCCGUCCAUUGGCGGUGCGCCGACGGUAAACUUCCUACUCUUCGUCGGAAACCAAACAAUUGGACUGGAUUCGGGGUCCGAAACAUCACAGUCCUGGCUCAUCCCGCAGUGGGGAACUGUUUAUCUUCUGUCGCUGCCACCGAUAACGUCACACGUGCCGGCUGCUACACUCAAGCAGCCCAUGCUCACAUUUGCUGGGCACUUAUUGUCACUUCUGGGCACUCCUCAAUCAGGCUCUCUUCCUCUGCGACUCUCGACUCUCACACGCAUCCGAUCCGCAGAUCUGUUGCUCCGGGCAUCCUCUACCUUAGGAUCCCUGGCAAGAUUGUCACUUGCGCUACCGUCCAUAUCCAUCCCCCGCAAUGUUGCGGACGGCGUUGCCAAGACCAUGCAUCAUCUGGAGCUUGCUUGCGCCAGCCUGGGUGGGCCCGAAGGGUUGGAGCAUGCUAGGAUCGCCGAGGCCGAGGCAGAGCGAGCAUUUUUCGAGAAGAGCAUGGUUGGACAACUAUACUUCCCCGAUGAACACAAAAUCGCGGUCUAUCUGCCGCUUUUGGGGCCGGUGGGAGUGCCCCUUGUGAUGGGCCUGUUGAAUGAAAUCAAGGCAUGGAGAAAGCGGAGACGGGAAAGAGCCGAGGCAGAAGCUAGAAAGAAGCUUUAG